AUGUCUACUCCGCCACCGACACCACCUCUUCCUCCAAGCGUCUCCCGUCGUCCCGCUGCCCAAGGCCCGCUCUCCUCCGCGAGCUCCGACUCGACCGUGCGCGUCUCCUCCCCGCUCAACCCGCACUCCACCUCCGCGCCCAACCUUGUGCUCACCUCGCCCACACCCCUCCCCGAGCCGCCACCUCUUCCAGCGCUGCCAGCGACAGCAGCAGCCCACGGACGCGGCAUAAGCCUCAGCGCGCCGUCCUCGCCUCCCCUCCGCGGCCGCGCGCGCUCCAUCUCCUCCUCCUCCCCCUUCUCUCCGCGCUCCGCCAGCCCAAGCCCCGCGCGCUCCAUCUCGCCCAUCCGCCUCGGCCUCUCGCGCUCCACAGGCUCGCCCGGCACCGACUCGGGCCCGGACACGCCCUCCUUCGCCCUCACCCUCUCCGCACACCCCGCCACCCCUCCUCCUCCGGCCCCCGCGGUCCAAGACGACCUCCCCCGCCAACGCACCCUUUCCUUCGGCGCGCUCUCGGUGAGCCACCGGCCGUGGCGCGAGACGCCGCGGAAGAAGAAGACCGUGCCCGCGGAGCAGACCGCCGCCUACCUGCACACGCGCGAGAGGGUGUCGGAGGCGACGCGCGCGGUGCUCGGCACGACGCUCGACGUCGCGCACGCCGCGCUCGAGCUCUCGUCCGAGCUCCUCCAGCUCGCGCCCGUGCCCGGGCUCGCCGAGGCCGCGCGGACGCUGCUCGGGAUCUGGGACGCGCUCCAGAUGGUGGACAUGAACCGGAUGGCGUGCCUCCGCCUCACCGAGCGCUGCGCGGACGUGCUCUGGAGCGUACGCGAGGAGGUCGGCGCCGCGGGCGAGUCCACGGGCGAAGAGCUGAAGGAGCCGGUGCAGAAGCUGACCGAGGCGUUUGCUCAGGUUCAUGUCGUCCUGCAGAAGCAGGCGCAUCGGCCGUUCUUGAAACGGUACUUGAAGCGCGAUGAAGACUUGCGCGAGCUGGCGGCGUGCGACGGCAUGCUCACCGACGCGAUGAGCCUCUUCGGCCUAUCGAUACAAAUCCGUCUCCUGAAGACCGUUCAAGCCAACGAACGACGCCGGGCCGCGGAGAACGCGGCGCUUAUCAAAGCCCUCGAAGCCCAAGCGCCUACUUCGCCCUCCGGGAACGCCCUAGGACUCACCACCGACGACAACCCACCCGUCGUCCCAUCAGGGACAUACGCUCCCCCUCCGUACGCCCCACCGACACCCCCCGCGCCCGCCUCUGCGGUUCCCCUAGGCCUCGCCUCGCCCGCCGCAACGGUCACCGCUUCGCCCCCUCUCUCGCCCUCCGACCCGGACCGCAUCCGCGCGCUCCUGCACCAAGUCCGGUCGCGCCAGAACGAGGCCGACCUCGAGGCGGACGCGCGCGACCUGCGCCAGCUGAUGCGCGCCGCGCUGCAGACGAACAGCGACGCGGAGCUGAUCGAGGUGCUCCAGGUCGGCCGGGACGAGAUGCCGGAGGCGAUCAAGACCCUCCAGCGCGCGCUCGAACGCGAGGUCGAGCGCGAGACGCAGGACGACCGCGACGCGCUGGCGAUGAUGAGCGCGAGCGCGGUGAGCGACGUCAGCGCGAUGCCGCCGAUCGUCGGCGGGCUGAGCGCGAGCGUGACGACGGCGGACCCGGAGGCGGCCGGCACGCGCGAGGAGCGCGCGUUCGGGACCGUCAGCAGCCUCGCGAGCGUGCGGAGCCGGAGCAGCACGCUCGGGACCGAGUUCACGGGCACGACGAGCACGACGGACACGGACGGCUGGGGCGGGAACUGGGGGCGGAGCGCGGGCCGCGACACGCUCGACCGGGAGUUCAUGGAGGGCGGGAUCGAGGCGAUGCGCCGGAUGAGCCGGACGACGGAGAGCCUCCCGAGCUGGACGAUCACCCGGUACGAGGUCGACCGCGACGAGAAGAUCGGCGUCGGCUUUUUCUCGGACGUGUACAAGGGGACGUGGCGCGGCCGGACGGUCGCGAUCAAGUGCCUCGCGCCGACGACGCCCAAGGCGGCGUUCGUGCACGAGAUCGCGAUCUGGAAGAAGCUCGACCAUCCGAACGUGCAGACGCUGUACGGGGCCAGCAGCGCGAGCAGCGAUCCGCCGUGGUUCUUCGUGUCGCCGUACUACAAGAACGGCAGCCUCGUAACGUAUCUCAAGAACAUGGAAUCGUUGAAGGAGGGGGACGCGCUACGGAUGAUCCAUCAGAUAGCGAAGGGCAUGACGUACCUGCACGGCCAGGGCGUCCUGCAUGGCGACUUCAAGGUGAAGCCUGCUGCGAACGUGUUGGUGAACGACCGUGGUCAUUGCGUCAUCACCGAUUUCGGGCAAAGCGAGAUGAAGUCGGAGGUUGCGAGGAUCAGCGCAACACCCCCGCCUCAUGGCACGUUGCGAUGGCAGUCUCCGGAGUUAGUUGAAGGCGCACAUCCCCUGACGCAAGCCAUGGACGUGUAUGCGUUCGCGAUGUGCUGCUACGAGAUCUUGACCAAGGGUGGCAUGCCAUGGCCGAACUUGGACGAUGAUACCGUUCGACACCUGAUACUAAGGGAAGGCAAAAGGCCGCCCUUGCCAGUGCUGGGCCCGAACAGCGCCGAGUUGAACGCGCUCAUCCGUCAAUGCUGGGAUCGCAAUCCUUCUUCACGCCCCGGGUUCGCGGAAAUUGCAAAAGAAAUCAAGCGGAUCCGCCACAGGAGCGGAAAGGCAGAGUCGCCGGUCCCACCGCCGAUCGAUCUGCCCGAGGAGCCUCACAGUCACUGGCCAUCUCCUGAUCCGCGUCCGAUUGAGUUGACCGAUGUCGACGAAGAUCGCGUUCUUGCCGGAUCACCGGACACUUGGCCGGCUUCGUUCAAGACUGCCUUGAGUGUUCCAGGGGAGUGGACGCCUACGGCGCGCACGCCGGCGCCCUCGGUCCACGGAGAUCAGUCUUCGGACGGCCAACGCAGGGCAUCCGAGAGUACGGACGAGCCCGAAGAUAGUCGUCUUCCGCAUAGUCACUCGUGGACCGACAAUUUGGCGUCGCCACCACCACCCACUCAAUCGUUCGCUGAGGCGAGGGACGAACGACGAUACAGGAUGCUGCUGCAGCACGAGUUUCAUCAGUCACUAACGCUACCGUUAUGGACGCCACAGGGUUGCGUCCCACUAGGCGCCGUCGGUUAUCUGUCCAAGCCGGAAGGGACGUUCGUGACCCUACUCAAUGCCUUCGACCCGGUCAGAUCCUCGAAUGGUCUGACCAACACGAUGGCUUCCGUCCAUGGCUAUGGACGCGUGAACACGGGCAGCGUGCGCCAGGACAAACGAAGCGCCGCCCAAAGAGGCUUGGACACCAUCUCGGGAUGGUUUGCGUUCAGGAAUGAUUCGUCAACUCCCCCUGGCGUGAGGCGCCAAUACUCGUUCCAUUUGCACAUGGGACACAAGGCAGCCUGGUUUGUUUCGGAGACGACCACCUAUCGGUACAUUGACAACCUGGAAGCGCCGAAAAAAUGGUUCAUGGCCAACGCGGACACCAUACUUCAGCUGUACCGCCCGAAGCAUCCCUUAUUACAGAAGGAAGAUCUCUACUUCAUCUUUGGCUGUUUAGACGCACCCGAAUAUGGACAGCUAGUUUUUUCCGCGCCCAAAGCCGGACAGCCAUGGGGCGAAUUUGCGCUCGAGCACGAAGCUGUCGCUGGCCCGGCAUACGCUGAAGAAGCUCAGCGAGACUGGAAUCACAAGGUUACGAGGGUGUCCGACGGCAGCCGCCUGGACACCGUCAUUCUUGCCCGCCUCCGCUUCAAGCCUGAUGUCGCAGAGCCGACUUCGCUAUGA